CUCGGAUUAGUAAAAUUUUCAGCUGCUAUUUUUUCCAUGCAUUGUAUGAUUACUGACGAGCGUGUUGUAUCUCUAGAAUUAGAAGUGUGCGGAUGGCGAUUAAGUAGUUACUUUAGAGUUUUGACAAAGUGUGUUCGAUCGCCAAAUGAACAGUUAAUGUUUGCUCGGUACUUUGAUCGAUUCGUCUCUUGCUACCGUGCCUUGGAUUUUGCGAGGAUCGACUGUGAUAUGGAUAAAAAGGAAUUAAUUAUAUUCUGGCACAAAGUAUGCGAAGGAUGUCCAACAAACAUUGAACUUCUCAAUGCAUCUAUACUCGAGAGUCUGUUUAUGUAUUACGUCAGUAUAAAUCAUUCACGAGAAAAUAUAUUGUAUAACCAAGAAACAUUGCCCAAAUACUAUGGCAUAUUACUUAUGGCAUGUAAGCAAAUGCCAGACGUACAUGAGGCAUGGAUGGAGGCUCCUAAUUUCCUAUGGGCCCUGAGCAGUAUGGUAUUCGGCGACUUUUAUCAAGAACAUAAAACGGAUGAAUUGCUUGAAUUACUUAAAAUAAGUGCAGACAUAUCGCCAGAGUUUAGAAUGAAAUGCUGGAAGGCUGUGUUGAAUAAUUUCAAUCAUCCCAAUUGUGCACCGCUCAAUAGAAAAAUAACAACAGUAUUGAAGCUACAUCAAUUGUUAUAUCGAGAUACAGUUGAUGAUCUUCGGAUAUUCAGCGAAAAUCAAGGCUUCGAUACUCUGUCACGGAUACGUGGAGAAGAGAAUCUAACCCGAAGAUUAGAAAAUCUCCUGAGAGAUGAUAUUUUUCUUCAGUGUUUGAAUGCAAUUCACAUGUAUCUCAGGUUGGCCGUCCGUGCUUCCGAUGAAGUCUCUAAAAGUUCACUUGAAUCGUGGUCGGAAAGAAAAAAUUUCGCAAGACUUUUAAUUCACUUUCUGCAUCCUGGAGUUGACCAUGACAUUUAUAUUCGAGUAAUAAACAUACUGUGCUAUAUGUUGAAGAUACCAAGUACUCGUGAUAUAUGCACAGAGAUAUUACAGCCAUUGAUCGAUAGUCAUUUGGACUGGCAGAAGAAAGCAGUUCAAGCAUCACCAGAAGCAGACCUUCACAUAUACUUUGGUGGUCCACGCUCACCGUUUCUUCCCCUUCUGGGUGUACCUGGUCGCAACGGACCUUCAUUAUCAACAAACGCACGCAUCCACGUGUAUAGACCAUUCCUGCAGAAAUUGUCGUCAGACGAGGUUAAGAGAUUAGAAGAAGAGCUGUAUAAACCAUAUGCGGACGUUAUUAUUCGCACGGCUACAGCGGGCGUCGAAAUGGAAGAAUAUGAUAGAGCUGUGCAACUUUGCUCCCUCGUAGCUUUGGAAACGUUUGAUCUUGACACGGGGAUUGUUUUCACAAUGCUUCUGGAUCUUUACAACAACUCGUCAGAAAACGUCAGACUUCAAGGUGCUUACGAACAUACGUCAGUCGCUAUGCUGAUCGAACGCGUGCUCAACUCUGACGAACCACGAAUAGUAUUGAAUCUGAAUUCAGAGAAACUGAAUGCGUUCAAAUCUUUGACAGAUAUUAUUAAGAAGAGCAAAGCGGAUGUUAUUCAGCCUAUAGUAUCCAAGAGAAUACAACAAUUAGCAGCAGAUGUUAAGGUUUUGAAGGAGACUAUCGGAGCAGACGAUAUGGCGUCGAUUGUGCCCGUAGUGCAGCAGUUAAUAGUGAUCCUCCAGAUAUUGUCAAUCACGUUGUCGGAUGAUGACCUAACACCAGAUGACCCUCUUACACAAGCUUAUCUGGUCAGUCUCGGAGAUCUGGAAGGAGAAGAUGUGAGAAAUGGACUUGGCCGGUUUGAUGAUUUAGCGAGUGUUACUAAACAACUGGGACAGUUAGUGAUCGGGCUGAAACCCAAGAAAGGACAGGAGAUGGAUAAUGGGGAAAGUGAAAUAGACGUUGAAAUUGUGAGUGGAGUAGGAGACGGUAAUAAUGAUGGGAAUGGGAGUCAAAUGGAAGUGAAUACCAAUGAGGGGGGGAUUAUGACUAGUGGUGUUACUGGUGAUGUCGGAAAUAAUGAUAAUACCGAGGCGUGA